AUGAGUGUUUCGGAAAAUAAUUCUCCUGCUCCAGGUACAUUUAAGACACCUACUGCAACACCUACCCCACUCGUCAUGAACGGGGACAGUAGACAUGAUAGUAAUAUUGCCAUUCCUUCAAACACAUUUGAAUCAAUUGUACCGAUCCCGGUAACUGUAUCUAGGAAGCAAUCUGGUGGCAUUCUGACGGGUCCACUAGCCAAUCCAACCUCUUUGCAAUAUUCAUUGUCUAAUUUAAAUAUUUUUCAAAAUUUACCUUCAGAGACUCAACAUGGUGUGGAUGAUCUAACAAGAAUGAAAAUGGCUAUGUUAAGUACUGUUCCAACUGAAGUGAAAUGGGCUCUAAAGAAAUAUUUAGCAUAUAGUAACAAAGCUCCUUAUAUGAUUAGUUUAAACAAUUUACCUGAGUUGUUACCAUCUUUUGCAUCGUUUGUAGUGGCUAUGAAACCAUUGAUAGAAAAUUUCGAUGAACCAAUUAUUAUUGAUGAACAAAAGAUGGCUAUUUUACAAAAUGGGGUUAAUGGAUUAUUGAUCUUAAGAAAUUUAGCCCAAGAUAUGGAUUCUAUACAAGUCUUAAUUAAGGAUGAAUCAAUUAAAGAUUUUAUUCUAUUCAUUCUAAUAAAAUUUAAAGAAAAUAUAUCCAGUGAUUCAAAUUGGGUGGUAUAUCAAUCAAAUACAUCAUAUUUUAAUGAAUUGAUUCAUUACGUGGUCGAUUUAAUGGAAGCAAUCUCUACCUAUUUAGCACCAGCAGGUAAAGAUAAUAAAUAUUUCCAAAAUUUAGUAAAUAUUUUGAAUAAAACUAAAGAUAGAUAUAUGAUUAUCUCGAUAUUAAGAUCAUUAUCGCGUUUAUUGGUUAGAUCAAAGGAAGAUGAAGAGAGUGCAGCUAACAAUUUGGAUGAAAAUACUCUAAGUUAUAUUGUCUCGUUCUUAUUGAUAGAUUGUGAUUCAGAAUUAAUCAUAGCUUCAUUAGAUUUCUUAUAUCAAUACAUUUUACCAGGUAGUUCAAGAAUUAACAUUUUAUUGAAUGAAUCGCAACGUUUUGCAACAUUAAGUACUAUAUUACCAAAAUUAUUAACAUAUAAUGUAAAGACCCCAAAUUAUUCUUUGUUGUCCAAUCAAGAGACUAAACUGAUUAGAAGAAUAAGACCACCUCCAUCAAAGAAUGCACCAAGUUUAUCGGAUGAUCUAUUCCAAAAAUUGUUGAAAUUAAAUGAACCAAUGAGGUCCACCGCAUGGCUGAGAUGUUGUUUUGAACCAAUAUCAGAUGCUGAAGUGAAACAAAUCACUCUAUGGAGAUCAUAUGAAUCAUUAUUUAAUACCAAAGUGAAAGAAUCAGGGAGAAAACUUCUGCCUGCAGUAGAAUUUAUUAAAAAUGUAUCUAAUGCAUUUAAUAAUGCAUCUGCUAUGGUUGUAAAUGACCCACAGACUGGUAAGAAGAGAUUUGUAAUUAAGGGAGUCCAGCCAAGACCAAAUGCAUUAUCCAUAGAAGAUGGUAAUCUCGCCUCUAGAAAAUCAGUAUCAAGCAAACAAAGAUCCAAAUUCCUUAAUCAAUCUGGCUCCAUUAAAGAAGCAGAACAAGAACCACUACCGGAAUUAAGUUUUCCAAAAAGAUUAACUGAUGUCUCUAAAGUUGCUGCAACAUUCUUAUGUCUCAUAUCUAACGAUGAUAAAAGCAGUGGUAGUGAACUAUGUAAAAAGAUUAAGCCUGUUGUGCUUCAUAAAUUAGCUGAUGUGCCGCCUUUAAGUUCAGUAUUGUCGGAAUAUCUAGACAAUACACCAAGUAUAUAG